AUCGAACAACAAGGUUGAUUAUUAGCAACACCAAGUUUGUUUUCUGUUUGCUUUUGCUUUCUCUUGAACUUAAUUAUUUUUUAUUAUUUUCCUUAAUUUUUCGACAAAAACUGCCAGCCAUAUGCUGCGUUUCUUUUAGUAAUGGCGAAUCAGGAAAUCAGUUUAAAAUGGAACGGGUAUCAAAACAACAUUUUGACGAAUGUUAAGGGCUUGUUUGAGGAUGAGGGGUUGUCGGACGUAACAUUGGUUUCCGAAGGGUUUAGCUUCAAGGCUCACAAAGUUAUUUUGUCAGCGAACAGUUCAGUGUUCAAGACAAUAUUCCAGCAAAACCCCCACAAGGAUCCUAUAAUAGUGCUUCAUGACAUUAACACGGCGUCGCUCCGAACGUUGCUGACGUUUAUGUACAAUGGGGAGGUGAAUGUGACUGAGGAGUUCUUGCCCAUGCUGCUGAAGACGGCGGAGGCAUUGAGGAUUUGUGGCUUAUCGACGGGAACCGACACCGCGCGAGAUGAUGAGAAACCAGCUAGUACCACCACUACUACUACUACUGCUCCACACUCAGCUAAAAAACGCAAGAAAAGCGAAAAUGAAGAUAACAACAACAAAAUUAAGAAAACGGCUCCGACACCACCAAAACCUGAUACUGGCACUAAUCUCAGUACCUCGGACUCCUUCAAAAAUAAUAACAUAGUGCCAAAGCUGGAGCCCAUUGAUUCACCACUAACCGAUUACUCCGGAGAAAACACAAACGACACAGACAUCGCCCUCCUAGAUGAUGAGAAAAAAUACUUAACAAGCCCUGAAAGUUUCUCAAGCAAAUCCGUCUGCACUACCGCCUCAGGCGACCGUAAUGUCAAAAAAUGGAUUAACGAAGUCACCAGCACGCAACCUUGUCUGAACAUUAACGAAAAAGGCAUAGACAAUAUUGAAGAUGAUAAAGAAUGCAUCGAAAUAGACAAAGAAGUUGAGACAGUACUACAGAGUGGAACUAUUGUUGAAUCUCUAAGCAUUACAACGGAAAACUUGAAUUCUGUGUCCAGUGAGGCGCAGAAUUGCAAAGAUAAGAACACGUGUUACGCCAACCCGUCGUUUCCCUGUCCGUUUUGCCCUCGCGUAUAUAACAGUUGGGGGUAUAGGAGGCGACAUGUCAAAUCUCGACAUAUGACGAACAGAUUGUCCUGCAAAUGGUGCGUCUCCGUCCUCCCAUCCACCGGUGCUUGGUACUCGCACGCCACUCGCGCCCACGGGGUGCCGCACGAGGAGGCCCGGAACUCGCUGGUAGUCAUGGUGGAGGCCCACGCCGUGCUCACCUUGAACGAACCCAGCGUCGCACAGUUACUGGGGCAAGUGGGGAUGGGAGAUGGGAACGCAGUGGAAAAGACUGCUUAAGGUAGGUUUUUUGAGUGUUUAUGGGCGGGGCCCGCGGUAAUUAUAGGUCUACUUAUCUCAGGCGGUUAGUAAAGUAGCGCGUUGAUUUUGUAUAGUUCGUUCAAGCUGAGAAUGCUAGGUAAUUCAUUCAUACUAGUCAUAAGCAUACAUUUCUUUGUUGUCAGAAUGCAGUAAAAUCAACAUUUUCCGCCGGUCUAGCCACGCUCGUAACCAAUCAAAUAGUUCCUGAUUGGAAAAUCAAGUUCAUAGUCACCAGUUGAAGGUAUACUUUCUAUUUAGGAACGAUUUGAUUGGUUACGGGCGAGGCUAAGCCGGCGGACAAUCUAGAUUUUACUGCAUACGGUAGCUGGGAAUAAACUAUUUUAUACAUUACCUUUUUACUUAUCUUAUUAUUUCGGUGGCCCUUGCGGAUACACUUUAACCCAUCGGGAUCUAUGUGCAAACACUUCAAGAGCAAUAUUUUGCCUGCUCAACUCAAGUUUUUUCGACCAUCUUCAUGUGUCCGGAUGAUGGAGCUCAAGGGCAGCACUUUGAAUUACUUUGGUUCCAGAUACAUUUUUACUUACAUAACAUCAUUCAAAUCAGCUACAUCCAGCCAAGCCUUCAAUCAGCCCAUAGCUGGCCUGGCCAUAAUAAUUUCAUAUAUACCGCCUCAGUUAAACAAUAGACCUAUAUACCCCUUUUUCUCAUGUCAAAAUAAACUUUAAGGUAUGUUUGGAAGAUUUUAUCUUGUAUUGAAUUGCAAGUGGAUUUUAGGUUAAGAAACAUAUUUUUGAUAUGAUAUAAAAAUGGAAAUUAAAGGUCGUGUCUUGAGCUUACAAUUAAUAUCGAGAUAUUAUAAAAAAGCAAAUUAUAAAUUACAUAAUUAUAAAUCUCUGAAAGAUUGUAUAGUCUAGUAGCGUGUAUGAACAGUGAGAAGAUUUCUGGUCUCUUAUAUUAAUUAAUAUAGUUUCGUAAUUUUUUAAGGUUUAGAAAUAAUGAUAAUUAUUCGGCCCUUAUUUUAUGUGUGUUAUAUUCGGGCAAUAACUAAUUGUAUGGUCAGUUCAUUUUUUGAGUGAAGGCCAGUAAAACGGUAAUAUGGUCAGUAAGAGCACCUGUUUCUUAUUUGCACUUAAACAUAUUAUAAGUCAAAUCAGUUAAUUGUAUGUAUACAAACUUAUAGUCUGAAGUGACAAUAUUAUUUUA